AUGGAAGCCCGGCUCCCUGACGACAAAUCGGCUGACAUCAAGCGCCUGUUGACUGCAGCGAGCAUCAACCCCACCAUGUCUCAGCGUGAACUCGAAUCUCUUCUGGGGAAACUCUCCUACGCUGCAAGAGUCAUCAUACCCGGCCGGACAUUUAUGCGACGCCUGUGGUCUAUUUGCAGUCGCUACCAGCAGCCUCACUACCGCAUCAGUCUGACUACCGAGUGCCAGGAAGAUAUCCAAUGGUGGCUACGGCUCCUGGAACAAUGGAACGGAAAAUCAUUCUUCCUGUUCCCAGAUUGGACACCAUCUCCAGACUUGGAGCUGUUCACUGAUGCCAGUGGCACCCUGGACUGGGGCACAUUCAACAGCGGCCGCUGGCUUCAAGGGACCUGGUCGCCUGAGCAACUCGCUCACAGCAUUGAGUGGAAGGAGCUCUACGCGUUGGUCACAGCGUGCUGCACGUGGGGCAAGGAAUGGCGCCAGCUUCGCAUCACAAUGCACUGUGACAACAAGGCUGUGGUAGAUUGCAUCCGCUCCGGCACAUCCAAGUCACCGCCAGUGAUGACCCUGAUCAGGGAGCUGUUCUUUGUGUGCGCCCGCUUCAAUUUCACCGUCACUGCUGCUCACAUUGCUGGCCAGUCUAACUGCAUUGCCGAUUCGCUGUCUCGUUUCCGCAUGGAGGAAUUCCGGCGUCUCGCCCCAGCUGCUCAAGCACAACCAGACCGAGCAGUGCUGCCAUUCCAGUCGAUGUAA